AUGUUGAUGCUCAUAAAGAACAACUAUGACAAUUGGAGUAUCAAGAUGAAGGCGCUACUAGGAGCUCAAGAUGUAUGGGAUAUUGUUGAGAAAGGCUUCAAUGAGCAAGAUGAAGCCUCGCUAAUCCAAGGUGUAAAGGAGACAUUGAGGGAGUCAAGAAAGAGAGACAAGAAAGCUCUCUUCCUCAGUUAUCAAUCGGUGGAUGAAGAUACAUUUGAGAAGAUCUUCAACGCAACGACGGCCAAAGAAGCAUGGGACAAACUUCAAACUUGCAACAAAGGAGUGGAACAUGUGAAAAAGAUUCGUCUUCAAACUCUUAGAGGUGAUUUUGAACGUUUAUUUAUGGAAGAGUCCGAAUCAAUUUCUGAUUAUUUUUCUCGAGUAUUGGCCGUAGUCAAUCAACUUAAAAUAAAUGGUGAAGAUGUUGAUGAGGAAGCAAAUUAUGCGAAUUAUAAGAGCCAAAGAGGACGAGGUCGUGGCCAAGAUCGUGGGCGUGGACGAGGACGUGGAGGAGAAGAAAGAGGCAGUUACAAUAACUACUAUAACAAUGGAGAAAGAAGUUGGAAUCCACAAGCAAUAAGAGAUCGUGGAAGAGGAAAUUCAUGGUCGAGGUGUGACAAAUCACAAAUCAAGUGCUUCAACUGCAACAAGAUCGGUCACUAUGCAUCUGAGUGUAGAUUCCCGAAGAAAGUUGUGGAGAAAGCUAACUUUAUAGAAGAAAAAGGCAGAGAAGAAGAAACUUUGUUGCUCGCGUGCUAA